AUGGGCAUCGACGACGUCUUGUCUUUCAACGAAGCCAUAUACCGGCAACGGGUCUCCCAAAUGUCCGACGCUGAGCUGAAACAGCGAGAGUGGGAGAAACAAUGCCGGUUCUGGACCAGCUCUGGCUCCGCAGGCGCCGGACUAGGAGCUUCAGUGGCGACGGGCGGCCUCAGCCUGAUCUUCACCGCAUACAGCAGCAGACAGGCUUAUGUCGUAACGCGCAAGCGCUGGAUCAUUCAAGACGAGCUCCGCAAGCGGAAUAUAGUGCUGCGAAAAGCUCGCUGGCGGGACACUCCGGUUGCGAUUGGUGCGACAUUGCUGGGAAUGAGCGCUGGGCUUGGGGUUGACGGGUUGAUUGGGGACGAUGCCGGAGGGCUAGUUACCGCGGAUGUCACAGGAGCGGAAGCCGGUGCGGGCUCGGGGGCAGUGGAAAAUGUGACCACUGACCAAACCGCUACGGGCCCAUCUGACGCUUUCAUCUCCGCAGCGACCGAAGAGGAUGUGGCUGAUGCGUUUGCUGCGCUAGCCGUCUCCCAAGGAGCAAGCAAGAUAGCGUCCGAAGCCUUCGUGGAUGUCAUAGAAAGAUUGGAAGACACCAACUGGCAAAAUGAAGUCAGGAAAGCCCUUGGCUGUUUGCGGCUUGCUGGCUCCACCCAUACAAGUAUGUGGUGCAACAACUGCGGCAGCACGAUUAGCAAAGGAAGAUAUGGGCGUAGGUCAAUGCCGACAGUGUCCUAG